GUGUUAUAUAAAGAGGAAGAUGGAGGAGAAGAAUUUGGGGGUUGUUCUUAUUGGAUUCGUUCGUUGCAGUUGUGGAUUCCGACUCGCCGCGUUGACUCGGUCCGGGUUGGAGUAGACUCAGCUCGAUUUUAAUUUUCGCCGUCGCCGAUCUAAAGGGAAGUAAAGGGCACACCAAAAUGAAGGCAUUGAUUCUGGUUGGGGGAUUUGGAACAAGGUUGAGGCCACUAACGCUCAGUUUCCCUAAGCCUCUUGUUGAUUUCGCUAACAAACCUAUGAUUCUACAUCAGAUAGAGGCCCUUAAGGCCAUUGGAGUUACUGAGGUGGUGCUAGCCAUCAAUUACCAACCAGAGGUUAUGUUGAAUUUUUUGAAGGAUUUUGAAACAAAGCUUGGCAUCAAGAUCACGUGUUCUCAAGAAACUGAGCCACUAGGAACAGCAGGUCCCCUGGCUCUUGCUAGGGAUAAGCUGAUAGAUGACUCUGGAGAGCCCUUUUUUGUUCUCAACAGUGAUGUUAUAAGUGAGUAUCCACUUAAAGAGAUGAUUGAAUUCCAUAAAGGCCACGGAGGAGAAGCUUCCAUAAUGGUAACAAAGGUGGACGAGCCAUCAAAAUAUGGUGUGGUUGUGAUGGAAGAGAAGACAGGGCAGGUUGAUAAAUUUGUUGAGAAACCAAAAUUGUUUGUUGGCAACAAAAUCAAUGCUGGAAUUUAUCUGUUGAACCCCUCUGUUUUGGAUCGAAUUGAACUGAGGCCCACUUCUAUCGAGAAAGAGGUGUUCCCAAAGAUUGCUGCAGAGAAAAAGCUGUUUGCAAUGGUACUGCCAGGAUUCUGGAUGGACAUUGGACAGCCGAGGGACUAUAUUUCUGGCCUGAGGCUUUACCUGGACUCAUUGAGGAAGAAGUCAUCUUCUAAGUUGGCCAGUGGGUCUCAAAUUGUGGGGAAUGUCAUUGUGGAUGAGACAGCCAAAAUUGGUGAGGGGUGUCUCAUUGGACCUGAUGUUGCUAUUGGUCCUGGCUGCAUCAUUGAACAAGGUGUUAGACUCAAAAGCUGCACAGUAAUGAGAGGAGUGAGGGUUAAGAAGCAUGCCUGUAUAUCCAGCAGUAUUAUUGGGUGGCAUUCGACUGUUGGUCAAUGGGCUCGAGUGGAUAAUAUGACCAUCCUCGGAGAAGAUGUCCAUGUAUGCGAUGAAAUUUACAGCAAUGGUGGUGUUGUUUUGCCCCACAAGGAGAUCAAGUCAAAUAUUCUGAAGCCAGAAAUUGUCAUGUGAGUAAGGCCAAUGAUGUUCAAAUUGGUAGUAUGUUGUGAGAUGAGGUAGCGAGUUAAUCAGUCUGAAAUAUGUUUGUUCGUUUAAUUUGUUUUCCUUUGUACUUCAUCCCAUCUCUCUCUUUUUUUCUCUACAAAUCAGUUUUUGGAUUAGAGCGAGUGACGCCAUUGCAUUGAUUAAGAAGGUCAGAAUCUUUGUAAAGGGCGUACGUUUGGACUGUGCAAAAGUUGUGUAUUUUCAGUGUGUAUAGAAAUAAAUUAUUGGUUAGUUGUUUCUCCA